AUGGAAAACGGAGGUCUGCCUAACGGCGACUCCAAAGUCAACGGUACACCGAGUACCAAUGGCUCGAGACCUCGAACUCCAAGCUUGAAUACAUUGAGCUUGACCGAAUAUGCGACGAACCCUUCACCGCCGAGCGCGGAUCCAAGAAGCAAGAUUCGAGGAGUAGUUCCUGAGGAAUUCUUGUUGCCAAAUGGGUACCCUGAUUAUUUGCGGCUUAUCCUUACGUCUCGAGUCUAUGAAGUGGUAACAGAAACACCACUCACAUCAGCUAUCAACCUAAGCAACCGCCUAGAAUGCAACGUAUUAUUAAAAAGAGAAGAUCUGCAGCCGGUAUUCAGCUUCAAACUAAGAGGGGCGUACAACAAAAUGGCACAUUUGGAUCCCAAACUUAGCUGGAAGGGAGUGGUUGCUUGUUCCGCCGGGAAUCAUGCACAGGGAGUUGCGUACUCUGCUAGAAAGCUCAAGAUACCUGCGACUAUCGUCAUGCCUAAAGGUACUCCAAGUAUCAAGCACCUGAAUGUUUCGAGGCUAGGAGGAUCUGUGGUUCUGAAUGGCGAUGAUUUUGACGCUGCGAAAGAAGAAUGUGGUCGAUUGGAAAAGCUCCACGGAUUGACGAAUAUCCCGCCUUUCGACGAUCCUUAUGUUAUCGCUGGACAAGGUACCAUAGGAAUGGAGCUCUUGCGGCAGACAAACAUUCGAAAGCUGGAAGCUAUUUUCUGUUGUGUUGGCGGUGGGGGGCUUAUUGCUGGCAUUGGAGUCUAUGUUAAACGAAUUGCGCCUCAUGUCAAAAUCAUCGGAGUGGAGACAUAUGACGCUAAUGCUAUGGUGCAGUCGCUGCAGAAGGGGGAGAGAGUUGCACUCCAAGAUGUUGGGCUAUUCGCAGAUGGUGCAGCAGUCAAAAAUGUUGGGGAGGAGACCUUCAGAAUAUGCCAGGAGGUUGUGGAUGAGAUCAUUCAAGUGACCACCGACGAGACUUGCGCGGCCAUCAAAGACGUUUUCGAGGACACCAGGUCCAUCGUCGAGCCAGCAGGGGCUUUGGCACUGGCAGGGCUCAAGAAAUAUGUAGCAGCGCACCCUUCAGCAGACACCUCUCGAAAUUUAGUCGCCAUUGCAUCAGGAGCGAACAUGAACUUUGAUCGCCUUCGAUUUGUUGCAGAACGUGCUGCUUUGGGAGAGAAAAAAGAAGCUCUGAUCAUGGUCAAGAUACCCGAAAGACCAGGAGCGUUCUUGGAACUCAUCAGAGCGAUUAUGCCACAUAUGGUCACCGAAUUCUCCUACCGGUUUGCUACAGAUGCAGUUGCGAAUAUACUUAUUGGUAUUUCCCUCACCUCUCCAGCCUCCCAAAGAGAAGCCGAGCUCUCUUCUUUACUCGCGCGUAUUGAGUCAGGGGAAAUGAUAGCGAAAGAUCUUUCCGGUGACGAACUUGCUAAGUCCCACGUCCGCUAUCUGGUUGGUGGGCGAUCAGCCGUACCGAAUGAGCGAUUAUAUAUGUUCAACUUUCCUGAAAGACCUGGCGCUCUACAAAAAUUCUUGACCACUCUUGGUCCAAAGUACAACAUCUCACUCUUCCAAUACCGAAACGCUGGUAGUGAUAUUGGUAAAAUUCUCACCGGUAUCAUCUGUCCUGAAGUCGAACACAAGGAAUUAGAAAGCUUUUUGCAGAAAAUUGGGUAUCCUUGGGAGGACUGUACAAAUUCAGAGGUGUUUGGGACUUUCUUGCGAUCUUGA